AUGGAUUUGCGUGCUAUUGCUACUCCUACAACUGUGCCAUUGACAUUACUAUUAUCGCAGACACGAAUAUUUUAUACCAUGGCUCAUGAUGGUUCAUUACCAUUAGUCUUAGCUAAACUUCAUUCUCAAACGACAACUCCAUGGGUUUCUACAUUGAUUAGUGGAAUAUUUUGUGCACUCAUAUCUGGUAUAUGUCCAGUUGAUAUUCUGGGUGAAACCACAUCGACUAGUGCGUUAAUUACAUAUAUUCUCAUACAUAUUAGUGUUGUUAUAAUGCGUCUUACACAUCGAAAUAUUUCGCGAGAUUUGCGUAUACCAUUGGGCGCCUGA